UGGUUUCUUUGGCCUUGCUCGGCCAUUUUAUUUGAUUCGAUACUUCGGUCUUCGGUGUUUGUUAUUGUAACUUUUUAGCUAGUUAACUUGCUGGACUAAAGUUUAAGUUCAACUAAGCUACAGCGGAAAUGUGACUCCUAUUGAUCCUUAGUUCAUCAUACGAGAGAGCGACACUUAUUGACCUAAAAACUCGUUUCAAAAACAAAAUAAUAUGUCUGAAAAAGAUGAAACUGUUAGUGAAACAGUGCUCAUAACACUGGAAGAAAUAAAAGUGGAGAAAGAAGAGACAGUUUUUAUAAAGAAGGAGCCAGAAUGGGAUGUAGAAACUGCUGGGGUGUAUGAUGGAGAGAUCAAAACCGAGGUGGUUAUUAAGGAAGAACCUGUGCAGACUGCGAUUGAAUUCGUUGGGGAUCCUGGAGAACUCCUGGUCAAAAGGGAGAAUACCGAGUUGCCCGCAUUUGUACCCAGGAAGAGAGGGCGCCCGCCAGGAAGUAAUACUCAAAACAUAAUCCUAGAAGACAUAAUUGCGCCUGGGAAGGGCUCAAGAAAGAAACAAACCAUUUUCAUCUGUGACACAGAUAAGAAAGCUUUCCCAAACAAAAAACAACUUAAGGCACAUAUGCGAUGUCACUCCGAUAAAAAGCCUUUCUGCUGCCCAGUUUGCCAUAAAGCGUUUGUCCAUCAAACAUACUUGAAGCGACAUAUGCCGGUACACACAGGGCAGAAAUCCUUCACCUGCGAUGUAUGUCAGAAAAGUUUCACUUUCUCCAGUUCCUUGCAUAAACAUAAGCGGACGCAUACUGACGACAAGCCUUACUUCUGUCAACGAUGUAAUAUAAAUUUUAGAGAAAAGUCACAAUUAACUAUUCACCAGUUACAACACAAAGGCGAAGCAGCCAAGAAGCAUACUUGCAAAAUCUGCAACAAAAAAUUCCUAUUCAAAUAUAUGUUACUCAGACAUGAGUCCUUGCACACAUCAGAUAAACCUUUCAAAUGUGAGUUGUGCGACAAGCGGUUCAAGCAAAAGUAUAAGCUUGACAUACAUCUUCGAAUUCACACCGGUGAAAUAAAGUUGAAAACGUUUAUUUGUGAUUAUUGUAACAAAUCAUUCACAAAUAAAAGCAACAUGAUCCAACAUAUACUGUAUCACAUGGGCAUGACGAAAUGUCAUUAUUGCGAUAUUUGCCAUAAAUUCUUUAGUUACGCGUACUUUUCUCGUCACCGUCGCACACACACUGGAGAAAAGCCUUACAGUUGUGAUAUUUGCCAAAAGAGGUUCGUAUGUCCAAGUUCUUUGAAGAAGCAUAAGAGAAAUCACUCCGAUGACAAACCGCACGCUUGUGAAGUAUGCAAAAAACGGUUUAAACAGCGAUCUACAUUAGUUCUCCAUGCAUUAACACAUCUAGGAGAAGAGGUAAAGCGGUAUGAUUGCAAUGAGUGUCCAAAGAAGUUUCUACAUAAAUACCAACUGGUGAAGCACCAACGCGUUCACACAGGAUUUAAGCCUUUUCCGUGUGACUUAUGUAGCGAACGAUUUUCUCAGAAAUACCUGCUGAAAGAGCAUUUAGGCGCACACGCAGGACAUAAGUAUACGUGUGAAGUUUGCAACGAAAGUUUCGAAAAAAGGAGAACCUAUCUCGAUCAUCGACAUAAUCACACGGAAGUCACAACCACAUAUUCCUUCGCAUGUGAUCAAUGUGAUAAGACUUUUAAUUGCAAAACGAAGUUGUCAAGGCAUAAAGUGACUCAUUCCGGGCUUAGACCGUUCGCGUGUAACUUAUGUGAUAAAAGCUACACCCAAAUAGGGCAUCUAUUGGAGCAUAAACGAACGCACACCGAUGACAAACCUUAUAGCUGCGAGAGUUGCUCGAGACGAUUUACAACUAAACGCUACUUGGUUAAACACGUAAUGAGAAUACAUUCUAGCGAAAAAUAUGAUAUGGAUGGUAAAAAGUUCAAUUGCACACAAUGUGACAAACAAUUUUUACGAGCGAAUACUUUGAAAUUGCACGAAAUUGCGCACUCGCGCGCAGAUUCGGUUCACAAAUGUAAUGUGUGUGAUAAAGAAUAUAGGAAUAAAUUUAAUUUGGAAAGGCAUGUGCAGACGCAUAGUGUGACUGUUAAAAUUGAAACAUCUGUCCUUGAAGAAUCCGAUGAAGCCAAUUAGGAAAGAUGUAUAUAUAAGUAGAUACUUAAAAUAACCUAACCACAAAAUUACAAUUUUGAAAAACCCUCGACCGCGACACAGUGGACCGAUUUUCAUGAAACAUGGCUAAGAACACUCCCGACAGUUUUCAAACAAAAACAAACUAAAUCAGUUCAUCCGUUCGGGAGCUACGAUGCCACAGAUAGACACACACACAAACAGACACAACAAGCUUUAAAACCAUAAUAAUUCCUUUUAAAAUACCUAUCUGUACAAUUUUAAUACGAGUGUAUUUUUGUAUACUACGUCGGUGACAAACAAGUAUACGGUCCACCUGAUGGAAAGUAACCUAUGGACGCCUGCAACUCAAAGUGUGUCACAUGCGCGUUGCCAACCCAUUAAAAACUUGUACACUCCCUUUAGCUCUGUAUAGAGGAAAGUAAAUAAAAAGUGCGCUGCUUCUACCUCCAAUUCUGCGAUAAAUGCGUUCCAUUCGGGACUAAAAUGCCCCCUUUUUAU